UGUGCAGGUGUCAACUGGUGUCAACUGUAAACUUAACCGUUCGUAAACGCCCUGCGCCAAACACACUCUACGUAAACAAAGUUAUGAGAAUUAACUAAAGUACAAAUUUAAAUUUUCUGUUUGUUUGUGUCAUUAUAUAAUUAAGUGUUUAGAAUGUCUGUAAGUGCCAGUGCCGAGAAUUUAUCGACGGAUACGCAAAGUUGUGAUGGAGGUUCUAUGUGUCUGGAGUUAGCAUUAGAGGGUGAAAGACUUUGCAAGGCGGGAGACUGCCGUGCCGGCGUCGCUUUCUUCCAGGCGGCGAUACGCGCCGGCACCGACGAUCUUCGCACCCUCAGCGCUAUUUACAGCCAACUCGGCAAUGCCUACUUUUACUUAGGCGAUUACAACAAAGCGAUGCAGUUCCACAAACACGAUCUUACUUUAGCUAGAACAAUAAAUGACAAACUAGGUGAAGCAAAAGCGUCAGGUAAUUUAGGCAAUACUUUAAAAGUUAUGGGCAAAUUCCCCGAGGCGAUACAAUGUUGUAAACGACAUUUAGAAAUAUCCCGGUCUUUGGGAGACAAGCUUAGUGAGGGGCGGGCUCUUUAUAACUUGGGUAACGUGUACCACGCUCAAGGCAAACAUCUCGGCCGCGUGGGACAGAACGAUCCCGGACACUUCCCGCUGGAGGUCCGGGAGUGCCUCUUGCAAGCAGUCACAUACUACGAAGAAAAUCUCGAUCUAAUGCGUAGUUUAGGCGACCGACAAGCGAUGGGUCGCGCUUGCGGUAACCUCGGCAAUACGUGUUAUUUACUGGGGGACUUCACGCGAGCCAUCCGAUAUCACACAGAGAGGCUAACUAUAGCGAGAGAAGUGGGGGACAGGGCGGCAGAGCGCAGAGCUAAUAGCAACCUCGGCAACAGUCAUAUAUUCCUGGGACAAUUUGAAAAUGCGGCGGAGCAUUAUAAGCGUACCCUGGCUCUUGCCGAGGAGCUGGGCGAUGCAGCAGUGGAGGCGCAGGCUUGUUACUCUUUAGGCAACACGUACACAUUACUACGAGAGUACAGAAUAGCAGAAGGUUACCACGCGCGCCAUCUUGCGGCCGCUAGAAAACUACAAGACAGAGUCGGCGAGGGCAGAGCUUGUUGGUCCUUAGGCAACGCUCACGCCGCGCUCGGAAAUCACGAAAAAGCUUUGUAUUACGCUAAAGAACAUUACAAUAUAUCUAAAGAGUUGGGUGAUAUUUUGGGAAUGGCGACUGCGCAAAUGAAUGUUGGUGAUCUGAAGAAGGUGCUGGGCAUGCCUGAUGAGAGCCCCGAGGUGGAAGAGUUGACGCCUGAUACAAAGAGGAAUGAUGGAGAAGGGGAGGAGGGUUCGAAACGGGGUAAAGUAGCGAUGGCAGGGUCUGAGGAUAAAACGUCGGAGUCCUUCUUCGAGAUGGUGAGCCGCUGUCAGGCGAAGCGGAUGGACGGGCAGCGCGCUACGCUUCAAGACAAGCUGGUGCGCUCCGCGAGCACCGACGACAAGAACAGGAGCCCCGACGAAGAAUUAUUGGCAUUGAUAACCGACAUGCAGUCAGAAAGGAUGGACUCUCAGCGCGCGGAGCUACGCCCGCUACCGAAGAGUCCUGCUAAGGAGAACAAGGGCGCCUCGCUGCCGGGCCUGCGCCCCCAGCUGACCACCAGCAUGAAGCCCGAGGACGAUUUCCUCGAAAUGAUCGCCCGCUUCCAGGGCUCUCGUCUCGAGGACCAGAGAACAGAGCUGCCGCGUCGCCAGCCGGAGCCCGAGCCGGCGCCGCAUCCCGCCGAGCCGAAGCCCGAGGUAAAGCCAGAGGUAAAACCCGAGGCGAAGCCCGAGGCAGCGCCCGAGGUAAAACCCGAGGCGAAGCCCGAAAAAGCCAAGACUGUCCCUGACGAGGACUUUUUCUCCUUGAUCAUGCGCGCACAAUCAGGUCGUAUGGAGGACCAACGUGCUUCGAUACCGGUGACGAACCGAUCCAAAGGCGAGUCCGGCUCGAAGAAGUAAACGAUUGUUUACGACCCGCAAGAGCCGAGUUACAAGCUUUUUAGAUUUAGAUGAACCAAGUAGGGUUCUUGCAAGCGAGGCUCAUUGCGGGAACACCCUAUAGAAAUCCCUGCUUCAAUAUUACCUCGAACUAAAUUUUUAUCAACAUUAAAUACAAAUUUACACUACAUAUUUCUCUGUCACCUUUGAAAAAUAACGAAACAAGAUCUCAAGAAACGUUCCGCGCUUUAAUCCUUUGAUUACAGAUACAACGCAAAUGUGUAUACAAAUUGUUAUAACUUGAUGAUUGACAUCAUAAUUUUGUCAGGCUUUUAGAUAGAUUUGAUGUAUACUUGAUCAUUUCGUAAUGCCCUAAAUGAAUGCUGGUUAACCAUCUGAAAGAUUGAAGAGUAAAGAAAGGUUUUUCUUGAUUUUUAUAUUAUUUAAAAAAAAAUCCUGUAACAAGUCAUUGUAUUAACAUUUUGACUUAAACAUAAUUGAAAAAUCUAUCUUAUAACAUCAAUGUAUGGAGAUUUUGUUAUCUUUGUAUCAGCUUUUAAGUUGAGAUUCCACUGUCAAGACUUGUAUAACAUGCUAUCUCUGUUACUCCCUUAUGUAUGACAGAGAUAACAAGAUGUUAUACAGAGGUUUGACGGUUAGCAGUCUCCAAUAGCAGAUUCCCGUAAAUUCAUUACCCACCUUUAAAAAUAUACAUCUUAAUUAUAAAUUAUUUACAAUUAGUCCGCUAUUACAAGAAAAAAUCUUGUUCGUUUUCUAUUUUUUACUGUACCAUUUAAACUAGUCAAAUCAGUAUAAUGUAUUUUUCUAUGGAAUAUUGGUUAUGAAGGUACAAUUAUUAUUUAUAUUUUUUUAAAUAAAACAUUUCAGAUCUUCUGUCAGUUUUCGCACAACACACGACUGUAUAAAAGACUUGAAUUGAUUUAAAAAUCAACGAAUUCUGUGAAUCAUGUUUAAUUUAAUUAUUUUCAUGUACUAAUAAUAAUUUACAAGUUUAGAUUAAGUUUAUUUUAAGGCUGAUAUUCAGAUAAAAUAACAAAUUCUAUUUAAACAAACACGCAGUUGUAUACCCAAUAGCAUAUAAAGGUGCAUAUUUUUCUAGUUUAAAAAAAUAAACGUUAUUUCACUGAUUUUUCAAUUUUUAAAUAUUAAUAUUUUUAAUAAGCGUACUAGAAGUGGUUUGGAGUGUCAUAGAAUGACAGGCAUGGACUUGAAAAUGACAAGAUACAUGUAAAUAUGAUAUUUAUUAUAAUCGUAAUUAGGUUGUGUUUACAUUGAACGGCAAAUUUCGAAAAUACAACUUUUUUCCAAAACUAAUUACAUGUUUAAAAUAAAUUGCUUUAGUCUGAAUACGUCCAUAAUUGUUGUCAAUUACCGAUUUUUUAAAUUACAGAUAAUUUUAAAACUGGAUUUUUAGUCUUGACAAUUUCAAGUUUAUGACCACUAGGUAUAAGGAGAAUUUUAAAUAUCUUAUGAAAAAAUUCGAAUGAUCUUAGAAAUAUUGUUUCUUCUGAAGAAAUUGUAAAAUUACAUUUUAAAAACCAAUGUAAUUCUCGAAUAUUCUUCGAUUGGCAAAGUUUUGUCGUAACUGAUCAUAAAAUAAUACUAGAUAAAAUGUAAUAAAAACGUUAUUAAAUAGAAACGAAAGCAGUAUCUGAGGAUGUAAGCGUUUAUGAAAUUGUAUAUAAAUUUGAUGAUAAAAAUUUAAAAUUCUUUGGUAAAAUUUCAAUUUUAGGAGUAUAAAUAAGAAAAUGGAAAGAGCUCUUUAGUACGCUUAACUGCAUGAAAUAUAUAACAUCAGUAAUGCCAUUUUUUUAUUUAAAUUUGUUAUUAUCUAUGACUGAAAUUGUUUCAUUCCAUUUAAAUAUUUACCUUGAGAGAAAAGAAUUCUCAACAUCGAUCAGGAUAUCGUAUUAUUUCUUAUUUUUUUAUUUUAAGAAUGCUACAAAAAUAUAGAAUUUAAACCGAAUGACCUAAAAUGUUGGCCUAACAAAAUGUACUGUGUAAAAUAAUUUUUAUUUUAAUUUUAUUAUUCUUGUUUGUAUGAAUUCUGUACAACAAUGAAAUGUGUUUUAUUUUUAAGUUAAUCUUAUUUUUAUGAAGUGUAUAUGGAAUGUUUAUCGAAGUAUCCACUGCAUUAGGUCACUAAUGAAAUGCCAAAAUAUGCAUUAAAUUAUUAGAAUUUGC